CAGCAGAGCUCAGGAAUCUCCAGCCCCUUCCGGAGCAGCCACGGACACUACGGUCUUGGGUUGAGCCUGUUGGGGAGGAAUGAGUCCCGUAGGAAUAGAAGGUAGGGGGCUGGGCCGGAGGAGGGGCUGAUCCCGCCCGGGUCCUGGGCCUGGCUGCCUGCGAGCCUGGGGCCGGCCGCCUGUCGCUGCCUGUCCUCAGCGCAGCUGGCUGCCGGCCAGGCCUGGGCCCUGGGACUGAACCGCCUCUGGGAGGGAGGAAACAGUUCAACUCCUGUGGCAGCCGCAGCCAUCUAGGCGUGGUGCUCUUGUCUGACUCGGGCUGCACAGACCCUGGGCCAAGGGGCAGAGGAAGGACAGCUUAGGCGUAAGAGCCUUCCAGAUGGGUGAGCUGGACCUGAUGGCCCCAGGGCCACUGCCCGGGACCACUGCUCACCCUCUGGCCGCUCUCAGCCCAGACUCCGGGUCAGAAGAAGGAGGGGACAUGGGCUCCCUGGGGAGUCCCCAGGGUGAGACACAGGCACAGGGCCGCGGCUGUGCAUUGCGGGAGGCUCCUGGCGGCGAGGACGACAUGGAGGUCCUAUGUGACUUCUGCCUCGGGGCCAGCAGGGUGAGGGCAGUGAAGUCCUGCCUGACCUGCAUGGUGAAUUACUGCGAGGAGCACCUGCGGCCGCACCAGGAGAACAGCAAGCUGCAUAGCCACCAGUUGGGCGAGCCGGUGAAGGACCGGGACCUGCGCAGCUGCCCUGCCCACCGUAGCCCCCUGGCCGCCUUCUGCCGCACCGAUGGGCAGUGCAUCUGUCAGAAGUGCGGCCAGGGUGAGCACAGGGGCCAUGCCUCCGUCUCCCUGGAUGCUGCCCGCAGAGAAAAGGAGGCUGAGCUUUGGAGCACCCAGUUAGAUCUGGAGCGGAAACUCAAGUUGAAUGAAAAUGCCAUUGCCAGGCUCCAAGCCAACCACAAAUCUGUUUUGGUGUCCGUGUCAGAGGUGAAGAUGGCGGCCGAGGAGCAGUUUGAGGAAGUCCUUGCCGCCAUGAGGAAGGCCCAGGCUGACGUGGUGCUCUUCCUGGAGGAGAAGGAGCAGGCGGCUCUGAGCCAGGCCAAUGGCAUCCAGACCUACCUGGAGCACAGAAGUGCAGGGCUGGAGAAGAGCAAGCAGGAGCUGCACAGGAUUGCCGCCAUCAGCAACACCGUCCUGUUCCUGGAGGAGUACUGCAAGUUUAAGAACACUGAGGACAGCGCCUUCCCCAGUGUUUACAUAGGCCUCAAGGACAAGCUCUCCGGCAUCCGCAAGGUCAUCACGGACUCCACAGCGCACCUGAUCCGGCUGCUGCAGGACUACAAGGAGACGCUGGAGGAUUUCUCCAAGGAAGAGGAGUGUGACAUCACAACUCAAGUGUCUGCCGUUGUUGAGCGCAAGUAUUGGACCUCAAAACCCGAGCCCAGCACCAGAGAACAGUUCCUCCAAUAUGCGUGUGACAUCGCAUUUGACCCAGACACGGCGCACAGGUAUCUCCGGCUGCAGGAGGACAACCGCAAGGUCACCAACACCACGCCCUGGGAGCAUCCCUACCCCGACCUCCCCAGUAGGUUCGUGCAUUGGCGGCAGGUGCUGUCCCAACAGAGCCUGUACCUGCACAGGUACUACUUUGAGGUGGAGCUCUCUGGCGGGGGCAUCUACGUUGGCCUGACCUGCAAAGGCAUCGACCGGAGAGGGGAGGAGCGUAAUGGUUGCAUUUCUGGAAACAGUUUCUCCUGGAGCCUCCACUGGAAUGGCAAGGAGUUCACGGCCUGGCACAGUGACUCGGAGACGCCUCUCAAAGCCAGCCCUUUCCGGAGGCUGGGGAUCUACGUCGACUUCCUGGGAGGCAUCCUUUCGUUCUAUGGCAUAGAGCCUGAUGCCAUGACUCUUGUUCACAAGUUUGAGUGCAAGUUCUCUGAGCCAGUCUACCCUGCCUUCUGGCUUUCCAAGAAGGAAAACACCAUCCGGAUUGUGGAUCUGGGAGAGGAGCCUGAGAAGCUGGCACCUGCCUCGGUAGAGGCUGCUCCAUAGACUCCACCAGGCUUUUGCUAACUGUGAAGAUGGGGCAGCAGCUUGCAUUUUAAGGGUGACUUGGGGGCAGAGAUCUCUGCCAGUGGUAGCUGGUUUUAGGAAUCAUGUGGGUCAUGAACCAGGAGAAGGGUCUCCAGUUUCUCCCUUUUGCUGAGUGCUGGCCUGUCCUCUGUGUUUGUAGGCAUCCUUAGGUGCCUGAAUCCCCUUCUGGACCAGUGUUGUUCUAUCUGCUCAGGUGAACUUCACACUGUGCCCAAGAUUGGCAACCAGGAAUCUUCAGAGAGAUUAAAAAGAUUGCAGAAUAGCCAUAAUAAAUUGUUAGCUUUAUUGACCAUUUCAAGCAUCCCAGACCCUGUUCUGAGCGCUUCCUGGGCAUUAACCUUGAGAGCAGCCCCACUGGGUUGAUCCCCACUUUGCAGAUGGGGAAACAGUGGUCCUGGGGGCUAGUGAACUUGCUCAUUGUAGUUGCAUGGUGAGUGAGUGGUAGAGCGGGGAUUCAAACCUGACCAAGAUUUCAACCGCUGCACUGCGCUGCCUUACUAGAUCAUGGGCAUCGUGCACGAGGGAAUAAACUCCACGACGAGCUACAGAGCAUGGAAACUGAGAGUCUUAAAUCGCCCAUCUCUGCACCAUGUCAACAGGGCCAGGCAGCUGUGAGAAAGCUCACUGCCUCACACAGCAGCUCAUCCUAUUUUUGGACAGUGAGGAUUAUAAGAAAUGUCUAAAUGGAGUCCAAGUGUUAGCCCCUGUGACCUCUGGGAAGGGGCCUCUUUCCUCUCUUCUGAUGUCACCUGGAUUAUGUGCACUUGUCUGAUUUCUCCUUCAAGGGGCAGCUCUUCAAGUAUUUGAAGACAGUUCUCCUGGGAAGUACUCUUGUCUGCACAUUCUGUUUCCUGCUUCUCUUAUUUACAGCCUGUAUUUCCCACUUCCCUUGUGGUCUCCAGGCCUUUCAUCCUCCCCUCCCAUCAUUUCAUCCUCUUUUGACAGACGUGCUCCCUCAGUUUAAUGGCGAACAUUCACCAAGGCUUCGGGCGAAGGGCAAACUGCCUAAAUGGUGUCCCAAGGAUAAAAUGUGAAGCCCCAGUCAGGCUUCACCAGAAAUGUAACUUCCUGCCUUUCCCUGUGAUUUGUGUUAAGACAAGUCUCUUCCUCUAACCAGGCCGAUGGUCCCAUCUCAGGAGCACAUUACUUGGGCAGCACUCGGCUUGUUUCCAGAAGAGCCCAUCCUAUAUCUCUGUCCCAGGAUUUAAAGAGUGUAGGAUGUAGACUUUUUUGGGGGGUGCAGGGGAGGGCAGGGACUUAAUCUUUAUUUCUUUUCUUUUUUUUUAUUAAGGUAUCAUUGAUAUACAAUCUUACACUCAGGUUUAACAUGAGCAACAUUGUGGUUACUAGACUCCCCCCAUUAUCAAGUCCCCACCACAUACCCCAUUACAGUCACUGUCCAUAAGCAUAGUGAGAUGCUAUGGAGUCACUACUUGUCUUCUCUGUGCUAUACUGCCUUCCCCGUGCCCCCCCCCCCAUAUUAUGGUGCUAAUCAUGAUGCCGCUUAAUAGGAUGUGAACUUUAAAAAAUUUGAUUUUUAUCGAAUUAAUUUUUUUCUAUUUUAAUUUCAUCACAUCAGAACUGCAUGCUGAGAUAUUUUGAUGCAUGAUUCUGCAUCCAAUUUAUGAGCUCUCCUUCCUACCAUACUGUCAUCUUUGGUAACCUUUCUUCUUAAGUCUUAAUCUUAUUGAUACAUUGAUUAGGGUAGGGCCCAAUACAGAACCUGGCAGCACUCAGUAUCUUUUGGGUUUGUUUUCAGCAAAUUAUGUAUCGGUAGAACUGUACCUAAGAUAGUUCACCUUUGCUCCUUUAACAAUGGGACACCAUGAAGGAUUUUCAGGGGCAGAAAUCAACAUAGGCUGUGAGUAUUUACUUACUCAUAAUGCUGCCAGAAGGGAGAGUGAGAUCAGCUUGGCCAGACUUGUUUUUAUUGAACCACUGUGGGUCAUUGAUGCUGGCUACUUUAUUUUCUAGUCACUCACAAAAUACCUGAUCAAACCAUUUUUGAAUUCUGUGGGUUAACAUCAACUUGGGUAGUCUGUUGUUUCCAGAAUUGACCUUAUUUUUCUCCUUUAAAAUCAAGAAUAUUUUUCCUGUCACCACCCUUUAUACUUUUCCCUAAUUUCCCAAAGAUGCCUGCCUGGUGUUAGUUACAGUAGUAAACUGUGUCAGUCAUGAGAGGUUAGGUCGGAAUACCCGACCUCAUAUCAGAGGAACCCCUGGGAGGUCUCCUGACCUGUCUUGAGCUUCAUUCCCCAUCAGCUUUUUUCGUCCAGUGGUUUUCAGUUCCAAGACUUUUCUUCUUGUUACAAGAGGUCAAAGCAAAAUUGAGAGUCAGGAGUAUUUACUUUCUUUCUGUCAUUGCCUCAGCGGAUGGGCUUAUCUUUUUUCUUUUGAUCCCAAACUGAAAAUUUCCUAAAACAAAAAAAAGAGAGAGAACGAAGGCCUAUUUUUAUAUUCUCUGUCAUUUCCCCAAAGCUGUGUAAGUGUGUGCCACUCUUCUGUGCUUACUCAUAUUUAUUUCCUCACCCAUUGUGUGGACUCAUUUUGGGGAAAAGAAAAUCUGAACUCAUCAGGAGUGCCCCCCUGGUGGCAGAUCACUUGUGAUUGUAGAGGAUGAACAUAAUUUUAGCUGUAAUGUGAUUUACUGUUGACUCAAAUUCUGAAAUCCAAGUGCACAUGGCAUUCAUUUCCAGGAAACUUACAGAUUCGGAGUAAAUUCCUGCAUUGUCCCAAGAUUAUUGAUGAAAUGAUGAGAUAGGAAUUUUGUCCCAAUCACAGAGCCCUUUUGUCUUUAACUUGCUCUGGUGUGUUUUGGUGUGACUGUCUUAAAAUCAAAUUGAAUUAACCUAUGUGGCAUUUAUAAUGUGCAAACCACCAUGCUAGGUAUUAAGAUACAGUAACCCAGAAGACAGCUUGCUGUAUCUUUUGGUCACAGAAGCUGAUUUAAGUUGAAGUGAACAGAAUUCGAAUCUGAAGAGCUAAUAGGAAUCUACUAUUCAAGGCAAUAAUAGGUGAGGCCAUGUAGGAAAUGCAUUGCAUUCCUCCUCUCGGUGUCUUGUACACUGCUUCUAAUUUAACGUCAUCUCAGGCCAUCUCCAGUGACUGUUAUAGAUUGGGUUGCCGACUGACUCACACCUGAUUACUUCCCAUCUCUGCAACCAACUGCCCCCAUUCCAGGGGCCGCUACUCCAGCCCCACUAGCCAAAGACAGAAGCGGAAGGAAAGGUAGCGAGCACACCUCCUUUUUGUUCUGGCUCCCUCAGGUAUGGCGCCCCUCCCUCCCUCAGCACCCCUGAGGGGACACUGUGGUGGUAGGGCGGGAGGCCCUGGCAGGGAGGUGCACUGUACCGUGUGUGUCUGAUAUUCACAUGCAGGGCUCACACUGUGUGUGGCUCAGGUAGAGGGACAGGUCACCCAGGCUUUCUUGGGACAUGCUUAGUCCUUUAUCUUUAUUUCUGGUGUUUUUGAGAAAAUCCCACCUUCUGCCCUAAGGAAGGAGGCCAAGUCCUGGACAGGAGGAGGGCAAGCAAGUCAUUUAAAAGGACUGAGGGUCAGCAUAGCAGUGAUGGGUCAUUUGAGAUUAAAAUCUUGUCCAUCCAAUUAAUGACUUGUGCAGUGAUCCUGAUAAACUGAAAAAAAUGUGCAUGUGUGUGUGUUGAUGUCUCAUAUGAAAAAGUACUUUUCAAAAAUCCUACCAAGCUGCUGCAAACUGCAAUUAACCCCUUACACUAUCUCAGAUGCUUUGCGCUAUAGAAUUGCACAUUUUUGGUCUUUUCAGAUUAUAAUGUGCUCUCCAGACGUUUACAUAAAAACCCUUGUCAUCCUUCUGUUCCAGACAUUCCUCUCAGACCCUUCCUCCCUUGCUCUUGCUCCAUCUUCCAUUCAGUCUUGAUUUUGAAAUUGAAUUUUAUUUUCCUACUGGAUACUCCAGGCUUUCCACUGUGAUACGAAGGUAGUGUGGUUGGUUUUGGGUGUCCCAUUGCUGGCCUCUGCCCAGGCACAUGGCCCUCUCUGCUAGAAGUGCUGGCAGGGCCCGUGGAAGCCCAGGCAGGCUGGCAGGGGUAGUGGCAGGUGGCGAUGGCCUUCGGGGUCCUGGGGCCCUGGUGCACUUAGAGGUGGGCUCCUGGGCUGUCUUAUCCAGCUCUCUCUGGGAGAGGACAAGGAUGCCUGGUUCUGUGCAACUAGCUUACUUAUCCUAUUGCUUAAGUAAAUUUAGAGGGGCAUGAUAACCCAAAAGGUAUGGGGUCUGCUUAUUAAUUUUUCUUGAUCUUAAAUGAGUAGUGUUUCCAUUUCACGAUGGUGUUCAUUUCAUUGUUCUCAUCAUCCUUCCAUUUAGUGUUCCUUUUCCUCUCUGUCAAAUAGAUUCUGCGCUGACCUCAGUAGCCAGGCUGACAGUGGUAAUGAUUAGGGUCAGGACCCCAUCCUGUUCCCUGGUAGGAGGCAUGGGGACAAGGCUGCCAGAGGAAGGUGUCUUACUCUUCUUUCUCAUUUUGCCUCCAUUUUUUUCCCAUACCCUUUCUCUCUUUUUUCUUUUCUUUCUCAUUUCUUCUGUUAGAGCAGGCAGUUAGACAUGAGCAGGAGAAAGGGGCCAGCCCAUCACCAAGGAGGACUCCUCCCUGGCCAACCCCUCAGCCCUCCUUAGCGCCCAGUUCCACAGUCAAGGACACUAGCUGAUCAGGAGGCCCAGACAGUCUAGGACACCUGGACUGUCAAGAGGCUCAGGACCGCAGGGGCUUCCCUGAUUACAAGGCCUGCUCAAGGUCUGAAGACCUUGUUCGAAGGUAACCCUACCUCAUUAAAAUAACAUCUAAAUAUAAUUAGCAUUGUGGCUUUGGCCCCUCUGCAGGCUUUGAUUGAGUACUUAUGGGUAAGGUGUCUGUGCACAGAGAAAAAGGUUAUAUAACCUAGAGCUGUCAAGCAACCUGUCAGUCAAAUGAUGUAAGAUGCAGGGCAGGACUUCCUGCCAUUUAAGAAAAAAUAAAAGCCAACCUAAUCCUCACAGGAAGCUGCUUCUGUUUUCCAGACAGCCACUCUCCUGUCUGAGGGUGUACUUUUUGCUUUAACAAUUUAACCAAUAAAGUCCUCUCUGCUCUUUUUCUUGCUA